AUGAUGGCAUUGGUUCCUAUGGGCUCUGAGCUGGAGAGAAUCAUGGGAUCUGUCCGCUUGUUUUACCUGACCAUUUUGCUGGCAACGACCAAUGCCAUAUUGCAUCUUCUUAUAGCAUCCUUGGCGGCAUUUAAUCCCUUCUAUCAGUAUGGUUAUCUCAUGAAUGAAUGCGCGAUUGGAUUUUCUGGAAUCUUAUUUUCUAUGAUUGUCAUUGAGACAAGUCUCAGUGGAGUCACCUCUAGGAGUGUGUUUGGUCUCUUCAACGUGCCUGCUAAACUAUAUCCAUGGAUCUUAUUGAUAGCAUUCCAGCUUCUCAUGUCGAAUGUUUCACUGCUCGGACACCUAUGUGGCAUCCUAUCUGGAUUUUCAUAUUCUUAUGGCCUCUUCAAUUUCCUGAUGCCUGGCUCUUCAUUUUUCUCCACCAUUGAGUCAGCCUCCUGGAUGUCUAGCUGCAUAAGGCGACCCAAAUUCAUUAUGUGCACUGGUGGGAACCCUUCCAGCUACAUGCCCACUUAUUCUGUACAAAACACGACAUCCAGUGGUUUCUCUACAGGAAACGCUUGGAGAUCGUUGUCUUCUUGGUUGCCACAGAGGGAAGCAUCUAAUCAGUCUUCUGAGGACAGUAGAUUUCCGGGAAGAGGUAGAACUCUUAGUACUACUCGUAAUCCAACCGGUCCAGAUGGAGAAACAGACCCAAACCUCCAUGCUAGACUUCUGGAAGAUAACAGCUCUCCAGACCGACUUUCUGAUGCAAGUCUGACCGGCACGACAGAGCCAAACCCCACUACAAGACAGGUUCCAAUAGCAAAUGGAGCAGUCCUGCCUCAAUCCCAGGGUCGUGGCGCUGCUUCUGAAGAACAAAUCCAGAAACUAGUCGCCAUGGGCUUCGAAAGGACGCAAGUGGAGGUUGCGCUUGCUGCUGCAGAUGAUGAUCUAACCGUAGCAGUGGAGAUCCUUAUGAGCCAACAGGGAUAA